GUGAUUGGCCUGAAUGCAAUAUUUAUUAUGAAGACACAAAACUUACAAAAUCCAGUCGGCUUUAAUUUCAGAACACAACUUCCUUAUCUGACAGCCUAAACAGGAAUAGAUUUGGAAUUUUUGUUUAAGAUGAUCUUAUCUCAAUGCCUCUGUGUAUAAUCAAACUUUGUAGUUAGCUGGUGAAAAAAAAAAAAAUCAGAAACAGCAAUAUUAUUUCUGUGAUCCCUGACAGUUUUAAAUUUGAUAUAAUCUUGUAGCUGGAGCUACUGUCAAACAUGGGAAAUGCCACACCUUAUUGAUCUCAUUCUAUGACUGUCUAUGUUUGAAUCCGAUACAACAACGUGAUUUCUGUGAUGACAUCCAUGCAUGAUUAUGUAUAUGUUUAUAUACAUUUUUGUCCUGUGUGUCAGUAUGUAUUCAUUAUCCAUGCCUGGCACUUGUGGCUGUUUUGUCUGUGAAUCAGUAUAUAUAUCAUGGCUCCAAUUUCGCUAACCAAGAGUGUUCUAUACGAUACUCUCCUUUUAAAAAAAGGGAAAAUAUCGUAUUGAACAUCCUUGGGUUGCGAAGUUGAUAUGGCUGAUAUGGCUCUGGUAUCUUAGAAUCUUCCUCCUGUUUGUGUGUCUAGGACCGGAACCCAUGGACACGGACCACCGACAUCCUGAACACUACGGAGAUGGUUCCUGGGCCGAUAUAAAUUUAGACGAAAGUGAAGUUUUGUUUUAUGUUGGUGCUAUGGAAAACGACCCAAGUUACAGUCCGUCGCAGUCAGCAGAAGAAAACGAUGACGAUGUUCCAUUUUACGUAGAUGAUGAGGAGGGAGACCCUAGUUAUAGUCCAUCUUCUUCUGAAGUUGAAAAUGAUGACGACAGUUCUUCUGAUGGAGACGAUGGUGAUGACAAUGAUGAUUAUGAUGAUGACAUGUCCUCUAAUGAAGAAAAUGAUGAUGAUGCUGACGACAAGAAAAUAAGGAAAAGUGAAAAGAUGAAAAGUAAAAAAUCCAAUCAUAUGUCAUCUGAUGUGGCAAGUUUAAGUGGGGACAACUUGAAACCUGCUACAAGGAAGAAAAUUUGUCCGCAAGACUGCACUUACGAUGUUACCUAUCCUGACAUCUAUACCAAAACGUAUGUGUACAAAAAGAAUCAAAAUUCAAAGUUUGGACGGAUGUAUGACAAACUUCACGCAUGCAUUUUCUGUGAACGGUUGAUAAGUAAUAUUCAAAGUCACUUGGGAAGAAGACACCGAACAGAAGAUGAAAUUAAGGAUAUCCGUGAUUUAAAGAGAAAAAUAAAAAAGGCUGAUGAGUCUAGUAAGAAAGGUCUCGAGCUCAAAAAGAAGUACCUGCAGAACCUGCUUCGUAAUAGAGGAGACAAUUUACAUAAUAAAAAAGUUUUGGCAGCAAAAGAAGGUGAAAUAUUGAUAAAAAGGAGAAAACGUGAUAAUGCUUUUAAUGUACAGGAUUAUGGUCCGUGUCCGGACUGUGAGGAAUGGAUCGUACUGGAGUAUAUCACGAAGCAUCAAACAUCUUGUCUUGGUAUAAAGUCAAGGUUUACGAAUAAACAUCAGACUAUCUCUCAAAAUAUAUCGGAUCCUGUAGAAACAUGUACGAGUAAAGGUCAAGGUGAAACUCCAAGUAUAACAGAAACACAUGAAACAAGUACUGCGAGUAUGCCAAAAGGUUCAGCAAUAAUUCAGUCACAAAUAAUGAAAGGAAAGAUAGUCGGUGGAUCAAGCAAGCUUAAAAAGGAAGUAUUUCCGUAUAUGCUGUCCGAUGAAAGGACAGAAGCUGCAAAAGAAGAUCGCCUGAUCAAAACACUAGGUGAAGUUUGGCUUAUGAAAAAUAUUGACGAUAUCAAUAAAUCCCAGAGGAUAAAAUUGACUGGUUUCAGGAUGCGUCUAUCUGCAGGAAUUCUACUGCGAGUUAGGAAAGAAACGGGCCUGGAUGGGUCAAUGAGUGAUUUCUUGUGUCCACGCCAUUUUGAUAAAGUAGUGCAGUGUUCUCUUCAAGUCUGCAAAGAUGAGGAACAUGGAAAGCUAAAAAAUCCCAUCACGGCCAUCAAACUGGGAUAUGAUCUGAAUCGGUUAGCAACAGCAAAGCUGGGAUAUGCCAUCAAAGAAAGUAAUGAAGAUGAAAAACGAGAAGCCAGGGAUGUCUUAAAACUGUUGCAGAGUGAAUGGAGCUCUCAAGUUUCAAAACUAACGAGUGGCUCAUCAGAAAGCAAGGAUUUAAAGAAGAAAAAUGAAAUGCCAGAUGCAGAAGACAUCAGAAAACUAGCAUUGUAUCUGGUUCUUCAGCUGAAGAACAUUGAUCUAGAAAACUUAAACCAAGACAUGUUUAGGGAGGCCGUAGUUUUGACACAAGCACGGCUGAUUCUUUAUAACAGAUGCCUUCCAGAGGAGCUGGAAAAACUCAGUGUUGAAGACUAUCAUGGAAGACCUAACAGCAAUGAUACAAGUUUUUCUCUGCGACAUUCGAUGACCAUGUUGGAGGAGCUGCUUCUGAAUUCUCGAGGUUUAGCAGAAAUAGGAGUCAAUACUGACCUCAGAGUAGCACUUGUUAUCCCCGGUGAGGUGAAAGUGAUUCUGGAGAUGAUGGCAGACAAAAAAUGUAGAAAGAAAGCUGGCAUCCAAGACAACAACAAAUAUAUGUUCGCAAGCACAGGUGAAGCAGCUGUGAGUGCUAAUGAAUCUUUAGAGAAUGUGAAACGGAGACCAGAGUUAGACUUGAAACAUCCUGAAUGUAUCCAUGGGAACAACUUCCGGAGACACACUGCUACAAUUACACAGGCUCUGAGUUUGGAUGACGAUGAGGUGAAGUGGGUCUGUAAUCACUUUGGCCAGGCAGAAAUAACACACAGGGAGGAAAACUGGUCGAUUUCGGGAAUUACAAAGAAGAUUGAUAUAGCUAAACUGAUGUUAAUACAGAACCUUGGCAGCAAGUUCAGCAACAGAACGGUGUCUGAAAUCCAAUUUGAUGAGCUGGACGAAGCUGUAGAGAAUAACUUUGAAGUCCAAUUGGAAAACCAGCCUAAACAUCAACCAAGUCAUAGUGAAAUAAUAAGCUGCAACCUUGACGACGAUGAUGGCACAGACAAGAAAUUAGUGUCUCGUAAAUCACCUGCAGGAAAAGUUAUAAGAGUGAGAUGGACAAAAAGUGAAGAGAUGGAGAUCCACAGACACUUCGUGAAGUAUUUCAACGGCGAAAUCAAGAAAAAAUGUCCCAGUCAAAAAGACUGUAGGAAAGCUAUCGCAAUCAGCCAUAAAGAAGGAGGGGCAAUCUAUUUACGGAAAUGGGACGUUCUGAAAAAGAAAGUUUCAAACAUGUUACACAAUGCAGGAUCGGAAUUACAUAACACUGGAUUGAAAUUGAAUAAUGCAGGAUCGGAAUCACGUAAAGCGGGAUCAGAAUUACGUAAUACAGGAACGGAAAACCUUGGAACUCUGAAACAAGAGCCUAUAAAUGAUGUAGGAAAUGCUACAGAAACUGAACCUUCUAAAAUCCAUCCAGGGACAAGUGAUAAAUGUUGCGGCACCAUCUCUGAUGAAGAUGACGAUGGAGAUGAUGAAAUGUUCUUUUGUCAAAAACAAACCAAAAGGAAAGUAGUGUCAUGGACAAAAUUUGAAGAGGAGGAAAUUCACAGAUAUUUUGUUCAGUAUUUCAAUGGCGAAACAAAGAGAAAAUGUCCUAACCAGCAACAGUGUUUGCAGGCUAUAUUGUUCAGCAGGAAAGAAGGAGGAAGAAUCCACCUACGUCAUUGGGAGACUCUGAAAAAGAAAGUAGCCAACAUGUUGAUCCAGUACCAGAGGAAGUCCUGUGUUCUUUGACUGAAGAUAAACUGGCAGAUUGCACUGCGUUGAGAUAAACUGGCAGAUUGCACUGCGUUAAGAUAAACUGGCAGAUUGCACUGCGUUCAGAUAAACUGGCAGAUUGCACUGCGUUAAGAUAAACUGGCAGAUUGCACUGCGUUAAGAUAAACUGGCAGACUGCACUGCGUUAAGAUAAACUGGCAGAUUGCACUGCGUUAAGAUAAACUGGCAGAUUGCACCGCGUUAAGAUAAACUGGCAGAUUGCACUGCGUUAAGAUAAACUGGCAGAUUGCACCGCGUUAAGAUAAACUGGCAGACUGCACUGCGUUAAGAUAAACUGGCAGAUUGCACUGCGUUAAGAUAAACUGGCAGACUGCACUGUGUUUUUCAAGUCGACUCGCACAAAUUUGUCAAUUGUUAAAAAAAUUGUGAACAUUGUCUAUGAAAGAGAAAUGGACAUUGUCUUAGAAAGAAAUGGGACAGAUAAUUUUAUGUCUAUAAGAUAAAAUGUCUUAGAAAGAAAUGGGACAGAUAAUUUUAUGUCUAUAAGAUAAAAUGUCUUAGAAAGAAAUGGGACAGAUAAUUUUAUGUCUAUAAGAUAAAAUGUCUUAGAAAGAAAUGGGACAGAGAAUUUUAUGUCUAUAAGAUAAAAUGUCUUAGAAAGAAAUGGGACAGAGAAUUUUAUGUCUAUAAGAUAAAAUGUCUUAGAAAGAAAUGGGACAGAGAAUUUUAUGUCUAUAAGAUAAAAUGUCUUAGAAAGAAAUGGGACAGAGAAUUUUAUGUCUAUAAGAUAAAAUGUCUUAGAAAGAAAUGGGACAGAGAAUUUUAUGUCUAUAAGAUAAAAUGUCUUAGAAAGAAAUGGGACAGAGAAUUUUAUGUCUAUAAGAUAAAAUGUCUUAGAAAGAAAUGGGACAGAGAAUUUUAUGUCUAUAAGAUAAAAUGUCUUAGAAAGAAAUGGGACAGAGAAUUUUAUGUCUAUAAGAUAAAAUGUCUUAGAAAGAAAUGGGACAGAGAAUUUUAUGUCUAUAAGAUAAAAUGUCUUAGAAAGAAAUGGGACAGAGAAUUUUAUGUCUAUAAGAUAAAAUGUCAAUGGAAGAAAUGGGGCAGAGAAUUUUAUGUCCAUAAGAUAAAAUGUCUUAGAAAGAAAUGGGACAGAUAAUUUUAUGUCUAUAAGAUAAAAUGUCUUAGAAAGAAAUGGGACAGAUAAUUUUAUGUCUAUAAGAUAAAAUGUCUUAGAAAGAAAUGGGACAGAUAAUUUUAUGUCUAUAAGAUAAAAUGUCUUAGAAAGAAAUGGGACAGAUAAUUUUAUGUCUAUAAGAUAAAAUGUCUUAGAAAGAAAUGGGACAGAUAAUUUUAUGUCUAUAAGAUAAAAUGUCUUAGAAAGAAAUGGGACAGAUAAUUUUAUGUCUAUAAGAUAAAAUGUCAAUGGAAGAAAUGGGACAGAGAAUUUUAUGUCUAUAAGAUAAAAUGUCAAUGGAAGAAAUGGGGCAGAUAAUUUUAUGUCUAUAAGAUAAAAUGUCAAUGGAAGAAAUGGGGCAGAGAAUUUUAUGUCUAUAAGAUGAAAUGUCAAUGGAAGAAAUGGGGCAGAGAAUUUUAUGUCUAUAAGAUAAAAUGUCAAUGGAAGAAAUGGGGCAGAUAAUUUUAUGUCCAUAACAUAAAGAUGGCAGCUAUCUAUUUGUCUCUGAAAGAAAGAUGGUCAAUAAUUUUGUCUAUAAAAUAAAUUUGACAAGAUUUUCAUUUGCCUACGAAAGAAAAAAAGUAUUCUAUGACAUAAUGCAAAUGAUAAGAGGUGGCAGAUAUUCUUAUUUCAUAGUGAUUGGCCAAAUUUUGCCUUUGAUAUUGAAUCAAAUCUAUAUUCUUAUGUUUCCAAACAGGAUCAUUAUUUAAUGUGUGGUGCUGAUUUAGUUUUGAAGGUUGAUAAAUGAGUCUGCAUGGGGGUUUUUUCAUGUACAUUCUGACCAGUGGGCAUUUGUUUUGUUAUUAAUUUUGUUAUUCUAGUUGAUUUACUGUUCUUUGAUCUAAUUAAAAGGUUACCUUAUUAGAUUUCUUUUUGUACACGGUAGGUUGUAAUUGCUAUUUUUACCUCUCAAACUAUGGUAUUAUGAGUUAUUAUUUACUUCAAUUGAAAACAGGGAUCAAGAAUAUCUAAAGAACCAUCAAAGUUCAGUGGAAUAUUUAGAUUUCAUUUUCAAUAAUUAUAGAUUCAUGAAUAAAAUUGUCUAAUAUGAUAAAAAAAUAAUCUCAAGUAACUGCCUUUAUUACUUCUACUGUGAAAAUUGAGACAUUUCCUAAACAAAUUGUCAAAAUAAAAAAAAAGUUGAUAUGAUCAUUCACCUUAAUAGAACCUCAGAUUUAGGUCAGAGUGCAAUUUUAGAUGUCAUUUGCUAAUAGGUUAUGGUCCUAAUGAACAAAUA